ACUCACACGCACACACACACACGCGGCGCCGGGAGGGAGGGAGGGAGGCAGCGCGGCACAGUCAGACGGGCGAGCCAAGGGGAGCGAUGAGGAUCGGCGCCGUCGGGGGCAACGGGAGCCCUCUCGCCCACGCACGGGGGGCAGCCCGGCACCCCACAGCCGGACACCCCUGGCCCCGCACCGGGGUUUGCGGACGCUCCGUCGCUGCCUGCUACCGGGACAGAGCCAGCACCCAGGGGCAUUGUGUAAUCUACCCCUGUGACCAUAUCAACUGAGACCCCUUCUCUGACUCUGCUCCCACACCAGGAAUACUUUCUCUCUUCCUAUACAUUCUCUCUCCUGCCAGGAAGAAAGAAUUAGUGGAGCAGCAGCAGCAGCAGCAGCAAAGGAAUACAGCACUCGUACAUUGCAGAUUUUCAGAGGGGAGUUUCCGCUGUUGUUCACAAUGCACAGAGCCACAUGGCAUGGGCUGAACAUCAGAGAGACCAUGGACAGCAUGAUCACACUUACCUGCAUUGCCUUCCUUUGACCUCUGCCCACAACUCCUAAAGUUAUCAGCACUUACAGUAAGGAGGCAUCUUGCCUGGAAAAACCCUGGAUGCUGUUUGACUGGGAGGCAUCUAGGUCCAUGGGGCUUGCUAACAUCCAUUGAAAAGACCUUGGCUGGGGAGAAUAACAUCCUUCGUUCUUGGGCAGACCUGGAUUUUGAUGUCUGAGACAAGAACUAGACUGGAUGAUGGGGCCCUCUGCUCCAUUGAUUUUUGGCGAUAAUUGAGCAAAGAAACGUUUUCAAGAAGGCUUUCAGAGAAAGCCGCUUUAUCAAAAGCUUUCCCUGGGACAAUACUUAGAGCACAGUUGAGUUUGGAUGGUGAGACAUUUUAGCAAAGGUUCUGUUAUCUACUAACUGUGUGCAACAUGGCCGCAGGGGUGGCAACAUGGCUGCCCUUUGCCCGGGCAGCAGCUGUGGGCUGGCUCCCACUGGCCAAGAAGCCCAUGCCCAAGCCUCCUGCUGACAAGAAACGCCGCAGCGAUGAGAUCUUGGUAGUCAACGUCAGCGGGAAACGCUUCCAGACUUGGAAGAACACCUUGGACCGUUAUCCGGAUACCCUGCUGGGCAGCUCAGAGAAGGAAUUCUUCUUUGAUGAAGACAGCAAGGAGUACUUCUUUGACCGCGACCCAGAGAUGUUCCGCCAUAUCCUCAACUUCUACCGCACUGGCAGACUCCAUUACCCCCGCCAGGAGUGCAUACAGGCCUUCGAUGAAGAGCUGUCAUUCUACGGCAUCAUCCCAGAGCUCAUCGGCGACUGCUGCCUGGAGGAAUAUCGUGACCGCAAGAAGGAGAAUGCCGAGCGCCUCGCUGAGGAUGAAGAAGCAGAGAUGACCAAUGACACUGGCCUGCCUCCGGACAGCACCUUCCGCCAGCGGCUCUGGAGAGCCUUUGAGAACCCCCACACCAGCACCAUGGCUUUGGUCUUCUAUUAUGUGACUGGGUUCUUCAUUGCCGUGUCAGUCAUUGCCAAUGUGGUGGAGACCAUCCCAUGCCGGCCUUCUCCUGGGAGGAAGAAGAACUUGCCCUGUGGAGAUCGGUUCCCCAAGGCUUUCUUCUGCAUGGACACAGCUUGCGUCCUCAUCUUCACCUUUGAGUAUCUCAUGCGCCUCUUUGCCGCCCCAAGCCGAUUCAAGUUCAUGAAGAGCGUGAUGAGCAUCAUUGAUGUGGUUGCCAUCAUGCCCUAUUACAUUGGGCUGGUGAUGCCAGAAAACGAGAAUGUCAGUGGGGCCUUUGUGACGCUAAGGGUGUUCCGCGUCUUCCGUAUCUUCAAGUUCUCGCGCCACUCGCAAGGGCUGCGGAUCCUGGGAUACACCCUCAAGAGCUGUGCCUCUGAGCUGGGCUUCCUGCUCUUUUCGCUCACCAUGGCCAUCAUAAUCUUUGCCACCGUUAUGUUCUAUGCUGAGAAGGGCACUGCAUCCACCAACUUCACCAGCAUCCCUGCUGCCUUCUGGUACACCAUCGUCACCAUGACCACACUUGGCUACGGUGAUAUGGUCCCGAGCACCAUUGCAGGGAAGAUCUUCGGUUCCAUCUGCUCUCUGAGUGGGGUGCUGGUCAUCGCCCUCCCUGUACCUGUCAUCGUCUCCAACUUCAGCCGCAUCUACCACCAGAACCAGCGGGCAGAUAAGCGGCGAGCUCAACAGAAGGUUCGCCUGGCCCGGAUCCGUCUCGCCAAGAGCGGCACCACCAACGCUUUCCUUCAGUACAAGCAGAACGGGGGCCUCGAGGACAGAGACCCUGAUGCUCACGUCUUGGCUGUGCGUAACCGAUCAGCCUUUGAAAUGCAACACCAUCAUUUGUUGCAUUGCCUGGAGAAAACUACUAGUCACGAGUUUACGGAUGAGCACACCUACAGCGAGUUUUGCCUGACGGAACCCCUGGGCUACCGCACCAGCCGAAGCACUUCCCUCUCCUCCCAGCAAGGCGGCAAAGGGGGCCUAAGCACCUCGUGCUGCCCCCGCCGGACCAAGCGCCGCACCACCCGCCUAACCAACUCCACCAUGUCAGUGAGCCGCACCAGCGCUCAGGAGCUCGAUACGCUAAACAGCCAGAAAAGUGCUGCCCCCCAGAGCCGCUCCAACCUGAACGCCAAGACCCACGACAACUUGAAGCUGAACUGUGACACCACAGACUUCACAGCAGCCAUCAUCUGCAUCCCCACCCCUCCUGCCAACACGCCGGAUGAGAGCCAGCCCCCGUCUCCCGGAGGCCCUGGCGGACCCCUGCGCAACUCCAGCCUGUCCACCCCCUACAUACUGCACGAGACGGUCAAGAUCUCCUCCUUGUAAGGGGAGACUGGGGCGGGGCGGGGUGCUUGUCCCGACUCCUUCCUCUGCCCAGAGUGGCUGCCGGCUGCCUGGGUCCUGCUUACGAGCAGGGGACGGGGUCCUCUGCCCCUGCCUCCCACCCCGCCCGUCGAACUGCAAGCUGGAGGAGGGCAGCAGGGGGCGUGUGUCGCACAGUCCCUUCCUCAGAGGCGAAAUCGUUGGCCACCAACAGGGGGAGCUGGCGCACGGGGGGGGGGGGUUCUGAUGCCCGCCCAGCUCCCCCUCUACAAUCAAAGCCAUAUAGGAGGGGAGGUGGGUCCCCGAUGCUAUGCAACCGCAAAGGGGUGGAGCGAUGCGGGGGGAACUGGGUUCCAACAGGUGGACCUCAGUGGUAAUAGGGAACAUAUCCCAACAGCGGGAACAUAUCCGGAAGACUUUUUCCACACUAUACCAAACCUAUUACUCCUUAGGUUGGGAUCAGGCUGAGUCAAAAUCCCUGGUUUGACUCUGAGAGGGGUUAGGGGGCAUUACAGCAGCAGGGAGAGGGAGCAGGGGCUUCUGGAUCCUACCUUUGGCUGUGGAGGGCAGGGGUCUGAAGAGUGGGACUGCAAGAUUGUUGGGUGAGGGAGGUCAAGAGUGGGGGGUUUCCACCUGCAGGUGGAAAGGCGAGCUCUGAGGAUCGAGGCUCUUUGAUUCUGGUCCUAAGCAUGAUCAGAAUGGGGGGUGUAUUUCCCAAUGGUUAGAGCAAGGGAUUCUGGAGUUUGUUCCAGUUAAAGAUGAGGAAGCCUUUGAGGGAAAGGGAUGGAAAUAGAACCGGCUAAGCUUCCAACCAGUUCCCGCCCUCCACCCCCAAUCUUCUGCCUCUCCUGGCUGAGCCAUUUCUGGGACGGACGGAGCCUUAAAAGCCCCUGUCUCCCUGUCUGUCUCUCUGCCUUUUUUUCCUCUCUGCCCUCCUCCCGAUACCUGUUCUGUAACUUGGAAACUGCACUUUAAAGAAAAAAGAAAAAAGUCUAUUGCACCAAAACACGACACCUCAUGGGAAUCUCAUGUAUCAUUCUCCCGGCACCCCACACAGCCCUGCACCCCACUGCGUAGCAUCGAGACUGUGCAUGUGUAUUAUACCUCCGAAGAGUGGGAUCCAAAGCCCACGGCUACAGAGCACCACAUGGCAUGUGCAGCCGUGUCCCCCAUUCCUACCCCACCCGCCUACCCUGACGGAAGAUACGCUGUGAAGAACUGAAGCAGACCUGCAGAGCAGGGCUGUGGUCUGUGGUCCUCCUCCUCCUCCGGACAUUUUUUAGGUUACGAUCAAGCGAGAGAAAGAGAGACUUGGCUCUUGAUCCUGGAAACCUCGCACCGUUCCAUGUGCUCACCGGAGAAGGAACCGAACCUGGCAGAAAAGGAACUUGGGUGGGAUGGCGGAUACCGUUCUAGGUAUCGAGCGAGCCACAAGUCCCGUCGCAUGCAUCAAGCUGGCUGGCUCUCGGCGUCCAGCAAAGGUUGCUCUCUCAACAGGAUCAGCCAUUUUUGUUUCAAUCUGCUGGCCACUCUUUAUUUUGCUCAGCGUCUUGGCUUUCUCUCUCCUGGCUACCGGUGGGGAGUCAGCAUGGCCUUGGGUAGCCAGGAGUCACCCGUGGGUUAAGUUCAGAGAGGAAUAAGGUCUGGUGGCUUAUGACAUAGGCCUUGUCGGGGGAAGCAGCAGCAAAUGAAUGAGGAAGACUGGAGCGUGAGGAUGCCUGGGGGACGAAAUUCCUCUGGUCGGUCUCCAGCUCUGGCAAAGUAGGGGGAUCCAAGUGGAUGUGUUGAAGUUAGCAUCCUUCGAUAGGACCAUGUGAAACAUGGAGCGUACUUGGGCUGUCUCUCGCCCCGGAUCCCACAUUCAUUUUCUAACCAGAGUUUUCCUUGCAACAAUUAUUAAGUACCUGUAAAUCAACAUCUCCCCCUGUUGGAUGGUUAAAGAAAUAACAGUUAGUUAUUUCAGGGCACUUUAAUGCGGAUCAAUGAACUCAAAUGCACUUUUGAACAGAAUCAUAGGGUCUGCUAGCGGGAGCGAUGAAUGAAUGACACAAGAAGAGGUGGAAAUGUCUCAUAAGUGGAUUUAAGGGCUGCCGCAAAGGCACAGAAGUGUAGAGAGGAAGUGAGAAGAAUCAGAACAAGGUUCCUUGAGCUGAAUCAAACAUUCCAGUGUCUAUUUCUCUACUGCAAAAAAGUUGGGGGGGAUCCUUAUACCCUAACAGAGGUUAAAUUACUACUAUGCACACUUAGCUGGGAUCAAGAUACACUGAACAAAGUGGAACUUAUUUCCAAGCAAAUUUGCAUAGAAUCAGGCUGGCUUCCAGUUACGUAACUGUGAAUGAAAUCUCUCCUCCAACUACUUUCCUUUUAAGCAAAGACACGAGGAUGCAUUUGUUCUGGCUGUUCGCCACUCUUUUACAUCUGGAACCACAUUGAAUGUGUCCCAAAACACCGCAGGGGUCACUCUUGACCCCCCACAGUGUGAAAUGAGAUAAUUAUUGGAUGAUCAAUCUGUAGUUUACAGUUCCUGUCCCCCCUGCUCAGACUGGGGUGCUUGAGAGAGACAACAUGGACAGAUUUGGAGCAGAGCAUAACUAUUUCAUUUCUCUUGAACAUAAAUGCUGCUCCAUUUUCCCUGCUAGGUAUAGCACAGAGGACAAUGUCCCAAUGUUUAACUUCCUCAAUACCAAACAAGAAUACUCCAACCUCUUGAAACAGAUAGCAAUAUUCCCAGGGUUUGACAUAUGCAAAGGGCAAACAGCUGUCUUCCAUUUAGGGUAACCCAAGUCAAGAGCGGGGUGAGUGAGUGAGUGAGUGUGUGUGUGUUUCUUUGGAGCUGUUGUUCUUCCAUCCCAGUCACAUGCCUAAAUUGCUCAGUGGAAUAGAUCCCCAGACUUUCUGGGUUCUAGCA